GCUUCGGGGCUUGGCUGCCUCCACGCCGAGCCACCAUGAACAAAACGACCUGGGUGAUAGCCAUCGACAUAGCCUGUGAGUUUGUCCCCUUCACCGACAUCCUCAGCGACGUCAUCUUGUUAAUAGCAGUCUGGCCGAGGACAGCGGUGAUCGCCCCUGACGAUGUCGAAGGCUGCGGGGAAAGGGCGCUCUGGUAUCUCGCCCUGUCCUUCACCGUGGUCGGCACGCUGGUCGACCUCUUCCCCGAGAUGCUGCUCGUCUCGGAGAUAGCGCUUCACCCCUCGGUCCUCACGUCGCCGGGCUCGAUGGGGACCCUCCUGCGGCUCGUCUUCAGCGACGGAAAGCCGGUGGUCGUUUUCGCGGCGACCGAGGAGUUUGAAAAGCCGCUGGCCCCGCCGCUGCUGGCCAUCCGGGACUCGCUCCGGCGGCGGCUGUCGUCGGUGGCGACCGCGUUCUUCCUUGGCGACGGCUGCGGGGCGAGUUCGCCCAAGUGGACCUACGCCGGACUCGUCGGAGUCCUCGUCGGGGGCGAGCUCCUGACGGCCAUCGGCGCCUGCCUGUUCCUGCGCAUCGAGUUCGGGUGGCCGGCGCUGAUCUCCCUCUUGGCGAGCCUGCUGGCGCUGCUGAUCUCGGUGCGCUGCCACAUGCGGCGGGUCGGAGAGAAGACGCUGCACCUGUGCCACGAGUCGGCGACGGGGAACGGCGGCAGGCUGUUCGAGUUCCUGCUCCCCGGGCCGGUGACACUGACCCGCUUCCUUCUCGCGGUGCCCGUCUGGCCCAUGCUCCUCGUCUACUCGGAGGGGGCAUCCUUCUGGCCGUUCAGCAUGGCGAGCAGGGGGGACCACUCCCUGCCGCCGUCGGGGGAGUCGCUGUGGGCUAACCCUUGGGACUGGUUCAGGGUCGCCGUGCCUUCGCUCUCUCGGUCGGACAACGACAGCCCGAUGAGCUACGUGUACUGGGCGAUCGUACCGCACCUGCUGUGGACCCUCGUUUCCGCGGUUUGGGUAGGCCUCCUCGGCGCCGCCAACCUGGUGUGCUGGUACUUCGGGCACGCAGAGGUAUGACGCGGCUUGUAGCACGGCGAAGGGU